CAUGCUCAGCUUGGGGCAGGCCGCAUUGGAAAGGAUGACAAGAUGGCGACCGCGAUGUACCUGGAGCACUACCUGGACAGUAUUGAAAACCUUCCCUGUGAACUUCAGCGGAUCUUCCAUCUGAUGAGGGACCUAGACCAGAGAACUGAAGACAAAAAAGUUGAGAUUGACAAAUUGGCAACUGAAUAUAUCUCAAAUGUGAAGGACCUAUCUCCUGAUCAACGUGUUGAUCAAUUGAAGAAGAUUCAACUUGCCUACAAUAAAUGCAGAGAAUACAGUGAUGACAAAGUACAGUUAGCAAUGGAGACAUAUGAAAUGGUUGACAAGCACAUAAGACGGCUGGAUGCUGAACUUGCCAGGUUUGAAGCUGAUUUGAAGGAAAAGUUGGAAUCAAGUGAUUAUGACAGUUCAGCUGGGAGAGGCAAUAAGAAAGGCAGAGGCCAGAAAGACAGGAGGGGUUCUCGGGGCCGUGGCAGACGGGGAUCAGAUGAUGAUAUGCCAAAGAAGAAGAAGCAGAAAGCAGGGUCAGAAUACUCUGAAUCAAUUUUGAAAAUGCACCCAUCUGAUGUGUUGGACAUGCCAGUUGAUCCCAAUGAACCCACCUAUUGUCUGUGUCACCAGGUUUCUUAUGGAGAAAUGAUUGGCUGUGAUAACCCAGAUUGUCCAAUUGAGUGGUUUCACUUUGCCUGUGUGGAUCUUGCAACAAAACCAAAAGGGAAAUGGUUCUGUCCAAGAUGUACCCAGGAAAGGAAAAAGAAAUGAAGCUAUUCUGCUCACUUGCCUCCACAAUGUGCUUUUUGUUCUGUCUUCAAACAUUGCAAUUUUAUUUAAUCUUCCCUAACUUGUGACUUGCAUGGGAGCUGGGCAGGAGAUUUGUUUUAUUUUUCUCAAACUGGUUUAAUGAGAACCAGCUGGGGUUUUUUGACAUUUCAUUUCCAGGUAUAUUAACCUGUUUUGGACAUUGAAGGUAUUCUGUAGCUCAAUAAGCUGUGAUAUACCAAUUCGUCCAUGAUAGAUAGAGCCAACAGGUUGCAGAUCCAUUUCAGGAUUGAUUUGUGAGGCCUGAAGUGUGCUGCUAAUAAAUGGAAAUGAAAGGUGAAAAUGUACAAGGUUCUUUAUUGGAGUUUAAGAACAGGGAGCCAUUGUGGAAAUAUUCAAGCUUUUUUUUAACUCACCGUAUUGAAAUUAUAGCAAUAAAAUAUUGACUGUAGUAACUUGAUAACUCCAAAAUCUUGCUCCCUUUGGCCCUAGAGAUAACAGUACAGGGAAACAAAUGUACAGUUCUCUGCUGUCAAAGGGAUAAAAACAAUGUUGUAAUUCACUGGAUAUUAAAGAUAGCAUUUACCAUUGUAACCACUGCUAUCCCUGGUCCCAAGAAGACACUAGAUUUGUAUCACAGUUGCAGGUAUGUCGAACCCAUGUGAGCCCAUGGAAGCAACUGUUGACCGGGAUUUUGUGUUACUCGAGACCAAAGCUGCUUUAAGAAAGGAACUGACUGCCUCUACAAAGUUGAUAUUAACCGGAAUUUGUUAUUAAGUAGGGUGUAUUGUUUUGUGAAAUACAAAAUAAUAUAUAUGAUUGUGAUAGUGAGAUAAACCUGUAUACUUUGGCAAAAAGUUGUUUUAAAGAAAAUGGGUAACGUCCAUUUUAUUGUGCAAUAUUAUGAUUGUGAUACUUUCAUAAAGGACUAUCCAUUGAAAGGAUUAUAUUACAGGGCCGCAGACCCUGGAAAGUUAUCUCAGAAGUUGGAUCUUGUAAUCCAUAGGGCCUACAACUCAAAUGAUAGGAUAUUUUAUUUUGAACCACUGUUGUUGGUGUGUAUUCUUGAUACUGCAUCUUUUUAAUCCACACAUUUGAAUGUUUUUAGGAAUGCUUCUGCCUGUUCAGUAUUGAAGGAAGAUUUAAAACCAAAAUAAACUUGCACCAGUUUUCUUUUCUUGAAGAAUUAUAUGAAGUUGGUCUUACCAUAGUGAAUAAACAGGGACUUCAUGUGACUGAUUUAAGCAUUAUGUAACUGUGGACUGCAAAAAUAUUGAAUGUGCACAAGUGCAAGUUUGUAGAUCAUGAAGGAUCAUAUGUUAUAGCUCCAACUUCAGGAGUGACCCUUCUCAUGGCUCUUUUGAUUGAAAUAUGAAUUUGUGUGGUACAUGGACCCUUCCUGCCACUUCUGGAAGAUUUGUUUACCAUCCGUCAAGUGUGUUACAUGUGGGAACCUGCCAGGCUUCACUAAGCAUCUUGGAACUGUGCUUGUGAAAUCUUGUUAGUUUUGCAAGAUUACAAAUUCUUAAUCUAUAGAGAGACACUUUCACCCAAAUCCAUAGAGCUUUGGUGCAGACUUAUCGACCUGAGGCUAUGAAUUUUCCAGCUGUGUGAAGCAUUAUGGCUGGAACCUAACCAGUGAAAACCAUGCUACUUUUACCUUAGAUGCAUUGGUAUGCUCUUCAUUGCUUGUUUGGGCAGACCCAUUAAGCCAUUUGCUUAAUUAGGUUGGAUAGGAUGAUUGGCCUAUAUUUCAGAUCCUUCCUCAUCAAUCAAUAGUGUACUCGUGAUACAGACCUGAUUCAGGCAUUGGAUUACGGAGAGUGCCACAGAUAAUGUGACUUGGUUCUGACCUUCAGUCAUCAGGCAAGUGAUCUUGAAGCUACUGUGACUCCAAAAGACAUGGGUGGAAUUCUUAAGUACACUACUGAAAAAGUUUCUCCAAAUCAGAGAAUGAGAAGUGUACAGUACUGGCUGUUAUUCCUGUUUACCUGUCCACUUAUUCAUUAAGAGAUGAAUAUAUUGAGCCAGCACUGACCUCCUUAAUGCAAAGCUAUUGAUUGUAUGAAUUUUAGUGAAUCUAUUUGGCUUUGGUCUGUCAGAUAUUGGUGACAGACACCAGAACCUACUGAAAUCAGCUUCAGGCAGCACCCACUUGUUGUUAGCUUUGCUCCUCAAUUUGUUUACAAGGCACCAUACUGUUGUAUUCAGAACAUUACAAUAAACGAUUUACCCAGAAGAGAGGGAGAAACAGCUUGAUCUCAAGUAUACAGGAGCCAAACCACAAUGUGAAAAAUCAAUAAAGAAUAAUGCUUUCCAGUCUUAAAGAAGAUGGUUGAUCAUGAACUCAGUCAAGUAUUUAAAUACUAAAUUCUGUGUAUAAGGUACAGAUUAUAAAAAUAUGCCAAAGAUGUAGGACUUGAGGCCAUAAAUUGAAAUGGGAAGUAAAUAGAAAAUAUUGAGAGGAAUCUUUACAUAAACAAUGUUUGGAGUAAUUUACAAAGCAGGAUGAAGAAAGAAAAAGCGAUGGGGUUAUUUGAGAUAAAUUUGGAUUCCAUUGUGAAGCACUGGUGAAUGAGAGAAAUAGUAUGAAUUGGUAAAAUAGCCAUUCCUUAUUCCUAAAUUUGUAAUGUAAUUUAUGGUUUAAGUGGUAAUGCUGUGAUAGCUAUUUUGUUGAUCAUUGUUGUAAAUAUGUUUGAACCGAUAGACCAUGUUGGUAAGUGUAUCACUGAAAAAAUCUACACAACAUUCUUCACUCAUAUCCACAGUUAUCCACAGAAAAAUAUACACUGGUUAGUUCAGGAAUGGCAAGACAUUGAUUCGUGUGGAGCUGGCAUGCUUUUCACAGUAAAGGAGAAUGUCGGAAUGAACCAUUUUGACCUCUAAUCUCGGUAUAGCCUGGAAUCAGGCGCCCCCAUUUAGUGCCUGUAAUAGACAUUAUAACUGCGUGCUGGAAGAGUUAAAGAAAAUAUGAUAUUCAGCUUCAACGUGGACAUUUAUAAUCAAAGUAAUUUUGAAAGAUUGAAAUAUUGACACUUAAAUAAGCUAAUAUCAGUCCACUUUUUCUCAGUGAUCACAAUCAAAGAUUUGGAUGGGAAAUAUUUUUUUCAUGUUAGCUCAUUGACUAUUAUUACUUCAGAAUUUUAGCUACAUUUCAUUUCUUCUUUCUGAUGUGUGUCCCACGUACUUAUACAAAUCUAUUGGUAUGGCUAAGAUUUUUCUUAAAAUAAGAUGGAACUGGCAUCUAGUUUCUCUUGUCAUUCAUGUGCAGUCUUGGCAUGAUCUAAUUGAAUCAAAGCAUGAGAAUCCAGACAGCACUGUAAAAGGGAGAUAAAAAACGCUUUUUUUUUGGAUCAUAGUGGUUUUUGGGAUACAGCAUAUUUUCAAAUUUUCUUCUCCAUUUGGAAAACAAUCCAAUUCCCACUUGGGUGUUUCUUAUUCUCCCAACUCUUAUUUUCCUGCAGCACAACUUAAAUUUGAAAUUUUGAGUUGGAGUAACUUGGCAUUGUAUUUGUAGCACAUCAGAGCUCUGCUGUACUGUUCCCAAUUUAUGGGAGUGACGUUUCGUGCAGCAUGUCUUUUUUUUAAAUGCCAUCAUUCCCACCUAAUCUAAAGUUCUUAUCGUUCCAGCACUGGGGAAUGUACUAUUCGGGGAACUGAUCAUUUUGUAGAUCUGCAAACAUGUGGAUCAACAUUAGACUCAUGUUCAUGCAACAUAAACAAAAACUGUGCAGUGAAGACACCUUGUUCAUUGUUCUGUACACAACUGAGAUUAGUAACUGUGCAAUGUUUUACAUAUCGGAAUGUCAUAGAGUCCUCUCCUUAGGCACAAUUAAUUUUAUAGGUUAAUCUAUAAGCACUUUAAUAUGUAAAACUUCAUCCAUGAGCCAUUUAUAAGUCUGUGGCAAGAGACUGUAUUUGUUUCAGAUCUUGCUAUGAACGAUGUGUGUGAGACAGGCCUUAAGUAUUUAGUGUACAUUUUUUUCAGAUAAAACACUGACCAGUAAGGAGACAGUGAUGGUAGCAAUAAAUGCUUGUGUAGGCUUUAUUGGCAAUCAGUUUUUGUUUGGUUUGGCUUGUUAGAAAGGGGUAACUGCAGUGUAAUGAAGGAGCAGCUUUUGUUUUGAUUGACAGGGUUGUAUAUGAAAAAUCCAUAGAUGAACUAAACUAUAAUUCUGACAAUCUUUUCAUCUUCUAUUUUACAGUUGCUCAUAAUGCCUUUAAGUUUGGACAGUGUGGAUGUUCCCUUUGUAAACAAAUAUUGUAAACAUUUUUUUAAAAAUGAUAGUAUAUCUGUAUUUUUAGAUGAUGUAAU